UUUGGCUAGAAUUACGACUGCUUUCAGCUUUCUCUAAUCUAAUAAACAAAUCUAUCGAUCGCCGGAGCACAGCCAAAUUUUCUGAUAUCUUUUGUUAUUUUUGCGUGCCAGUUUCAACAUUUGUUGCCAGUUUAGCAUGUUUAGGUAGAUGCUUACUGUUCAGCAUCGUUAACAGCUUCGUUCCUCAUAUAAUUAUAUUGAAAAAAUUUCUCCCGGCACGCGACACCACGGAAAAUUGCAACUGGUUUCACGCUGGGCAAGUAGCUUCGCUUCGCUUCUAGAGCUGUUGGAUUGCAGAAAAGCAGGCAGCAUUCUCGGAUAAUUUGUUACUGUUGAAUUCCUCGCCGAAAUGACGUCUUCGAAUAAUCCAAAAGCUUUCUCCCUUGUUCCCAAAGUCAUUAAUGGAGGUAUUGCCGGCAUUAUUGGCGUAUCAUGUGUAUUUCCGAUUGAUCUCGUUAAAACAAGGCUACAAAACCAACAAACCGGCCCAGAUGGGAAGCGAAUGUAUAACAAUAUGUAUGACUGCUUUAAGAAAACUCUACGAGCAGAAGGAUUUCGGGGCAUGUAUCGAGGCUCGGCUGUCAAUAUUAUCCUCGUCACUCCAGAGAAAGCCAUCAAAUUAACCGGAAAUGAUUUUUUUCGUCACAAGCUGGCUGUGAACGGUAAACUUCCCAUCGAACGGGAAAUGUUAGCCGGCGCUGGAGCGGGAUUGUGUCAGAUUGUCGUGACCACCCCCAUGGAGUUGUUGAAAAUUCAACUACAGGACGCUGGAAGAGUUGCGUCGCAAGCAGCUACGUCAGGAAAUGGCGCCGCUGCAGUGAGUGCUCCCAAAGCCUCCACCAUUGCCAUGAAUUUGUUGCGAACAAAAGGAAUUGUGGGGUUAUAUAAAGGAACCGCCGCUACCAUGUUGAGGGAUGUGGCUUUCUCUGUUGUCUAUUUUCCCUUGUUUGCAAGGCUGAAUAGCAUGGGUCCGAAGAAACAUCCAGGAAGUGAUGAAGCUCCGUUUUGGUACUCGUUCAUUUGUGGAUUAUCCAGCGGUGCUUUUGCUGCUGUCUUCGUUACUCCAGCUGAUGUUGUGAAGACUCGCUUACAGUUACUCAAAAGAGCGGCAGGAGAGAGGCAAUAUAGUGGUGUGGUGGAUGCUUUCGCGAACAUCGUCCGCUACGAGGGCGUGAGUGCUUUGUUCAAAGGAGCUGUCCCGCGCGCUAUCGUCAUCGCACCCUUAUUUGGCAUUGCUCAAACAGUGUAUUUCCUCGGCAUCGCGGAAAAGCUAUUAGGGAUACGUAAACCGGAAAAAAUCGAUAUGCGCACCAUUGUCGAUACUGCGGAGAAUAACUAACCCAUUCCUCACUCACUCCAUACACUCAUUCUCAUCGUGUCGUGUUAAUGGCGUAACUUAUUGGCUUUUUCGUUUCCUUGGUCUGUGAUUCGUUCAUAAUAUUCUGUCGCUCUGUGCGGGAACAUUCCGGUAGAUUACUUAUCCUUUCUGUCCGUCUGCAACUCUGCAUGCACGUACGGGGUUUUUACGUUGCUGUUCUGUUCUCACGCAAGUUGCGUUCGUCAAACUUGGAAUGCAUUUAAUGCUGGAAUUCGGAACGAAUAAGAACAUCAAACCUCA